AUGACGGAUGCCUCCAGAGACGCUGUGAUGAGACAUGGUCUCAGAGAAAGUAUUCAUAACGCAAAGAUCAUUGUAAGUACAGAAAGUCAAACUGGCGUUGCCGACGCCGAAAUGGUCCAAUGUACUAUUUUUCGCUACUUUAUUUCAGUUCUUGAUUUAAAAGUGUUUUCAGCCAUGUCCGACCCUACUACAACACCAGACUCUCACCAGAGUAGAAACAACAUUAUAGCUAAAACAUCUUCAGGUUCUAUAGAGUCUAUGUCCUUGUACCUCCCAGCCUUCGUCGUUGACUUUAUCACCACAUUAAAUUACAUCUUCUUAAUAGAAAUAUUCGCCGUGUUCGGGCUCGUGACCAACGUUGUGAACAUCAUCGUGUUCACGAGGCAAGGGUUCCAGGAAACUGUGAACAUUACUCUGGUGGCUCUGGGUGUUGGAAACAUGGGGGCGCUGUUUUUCGCUAUGGGGUUUUUUAUGCUGAGUCCGUGGUUCCUUCACGCUGAUCUCCCUUUCAUUCAGGCUGAUAUCUUGACAAUACUAGUUAGCUUCCCUCAUACGUAUUUUAUUCGUGUGUGUGGUUUCAUUAAUGCUUUCUCUUCAUUUUCCAGAUGCAUGUGUGUAGUUUUUCCUUUACAGUUCAAGAGUAUAAUCUCUAAGCGUGUAGUUUGGACAUUCAACACGGGCGUAUUUUUCGUGUGUUUGUUAUGUGUUGCUCAUGUGUUUUUCAUGGCAUAUUUUGAAGCGGCCUUCGUCCCAUCCAGAAACAAAACUCUUAUAGUAUCACGGUACCGCGUGAGCUCUGAUAUUUACACAAUUUGGUACUUCGUAACCGACCUUGCUGUUCCUAUAUCUUAUUACAUAAUCAUCGUCGUCAGCAACAUCGUUAUUGUCCUCAAACUCAAAGUAAAAUCUAAAUGGAGGAUAUCGAAUGCAAAACAAUCCCUCCCAGAUGAACAAAUAUCGCAGAAAGAUAAAAAAGUAACCCGGAUGCUGAUCAUGAUUUCCAUGCUGUUCGUUGUUUGCCAGACUCCAAUAAUAAUGAUUUACACAGCGUCGGCAUUGGAGAGAGAGUUAACAUUCCGUGGAAAGUACUCGAAUGUUCUUAUUCUUAAUUCCAGUUUUGUUAUCCUGUUUGACGUCAUCUUUGGCAGUGUGGACAUUUUUAUUUACUACAACAUGAGCACUAAGUUUAGAAAUACUUUUUUAGAACUUUUUGCCAUACGAAAUCUCAUAGAAAAAUUCAGAUCUCAAAGAGUCGAGUAA